GGCGACGCGCGGCAGACGACACGGACCCAGCCAGCAACUCAUCUCCUUCAUUCCUUCCAUAUCCUCUCUCUCUCUCUCUCUCUGCCUCUCUCAGUCUCUGUAGUUAAUGGUUCCUCCAUAGAAAUGGCUGUUUCCUUGAGCUCCAUCGCGAGCUUCAACUCCAAGAAUUUGCAGGCUAGUAAUAACAAUCACCAUGAAUCAAGAGCUCAAGCUCGGGUUUCGGCUUUCCAGGAAAGGCAACUCGCUUCCACCCUGUCGAUGCCCAAGUCUCAGUGGUCAAAAAGGAUUCUCCGUCUUUCCGCCUCGGACAGCGAUCAGCUCGCCAUAGAUACUACUGAUAAGGGACCUACUCCACCUUUGGAGUCUGCAGACGUAAGCACCCAGCCCAACGGAUCAGUUCUUAAGUCGGGGGCAGAACCCGAGCAAUCUAAAUCACCACAAUCUCCCCCAAAGCGGUCGCCCUUGACAGCGAGGGAGAGGCUGAGGGCGGCACGUGUCCUGAGCCGCUACGCUGAGACAAAGCCCUCGGCGAAAUCCGAAAUGGGCAGCAAAGUCUUGGAUGCAAUCAAAGAGAGCGACCGUGGGAAGAGGAAGUCGGGCCUCCCGGAAGCCCCAACUAACCUGUUCGAUGACAGCAAGAGAGGGCUUCCCAAGGAUGGGUUCACGUUUCAGUUCCCUGGCGGGUUCGAUCUGUUCAUUGUUGCCUUUUCCUUCGUCUUCAUCAGCACCGUCAUGUUUGCUACCACUUAUCUCGUGUGGAAAGUUGGGGCCAUUCAUUUCAAUGAGUACUGAAGCUACGGAAGUAUACUGGAAAUUGCAUCGCAGCUGUGUCCCGAUCUUUUAGGUACACAGUCGAAUCUCUUCGCUAUACUUUGAAUUCACGGAACCUUGCUUGUCUUAUAUUCGUAGAUUCACGUAACUUUUGUAGCAUAGUCUUGUUCUGUGGUCUUGCCUAUUUGGAAACAAACACAAAGGAAAAGAAAAGAGCUAGUUUCCGUAUAUGCCGACUUGCUCUUUGAAGUUUCA